CGAGGAGAGGCUCUGGGAACGGAAAUUGGGAACGAAGCACCACGAGGCUUCGCACAAAGCCUCUUUCUGCUCAGCAGGCGGGAUGCUUUGGGCGGGCACCUCAGAACAGCUGCACCCUGCUAGCGCGGGGCAGGGCGUCCUCAGGCACCAAAGCUCAUCAGGAAUGCUUUCUUGAAGUCGUUUAUUCUUUCUGAACUUCGCUGUUACACCUUCAGAUGCAAAUUCAUUUGAAGACCCGUGUAGAUAUCUAAUCACCAUGUUAUAUAAAUAGCUCAGCAGAUUGCAGCUGACAUUUCCUCACAGAGCCAUUAAAACCGUGAAGAUGACAGAAAACAGCAGGCAGGAGCAGUCAAAAUGGAUAACAACGGUUAUUAUGAGUACAGGUCUGCAGAAUCAUGAAAUCUCCGCAAUUCUACAGAGGCAACAACAUCGAGUUCGAUAUUCAGAAUCAGUGGAAAUAGGCUCCGUGAUUUUUUCUCUUUCUGGUGUUGCAUUUAUACUAGCAGACAUUCAAGACUUGCUUGUGAGAGGGGAAGAAGAGGUUUUAGAAAGAGUUCAGAAGUUUAUAAGCAUACAUCGGAAUAGUUUUCUGGUUCUGUCAGCUGCUCUUCAUGGACAACAAGAAUGGAAUGUAAUGUUUAGGAUUCAGAGAAGAUUCCUCGGAAGCAAUUUACGUAUAAUACCAGUUCAUAAUACUGCUGAAACUGUUAAGUUGAUGCUAACUAUAGCUAAGAUGAAUUCCAAGCCGCGUGCAGAUGAUGUUUCCCACAAAAUGGCAAUGACAAAAACCCACAUAAUAGGAAACAGUCCAGUCUGGAAGAUGCUUCAGGAGUACCAGCAGUUGCAUAGUAAUUAA